AGAUAUUUUUUAAUCUAAUAAUUGAAAAUGCAUCGGUGCGUGUCGUGAAUCGUGGAUUAAAAUAUUAUUUCUUUUUUUUUUUUUUUUGUUUUUAAAUACAAAUAUAGAAGAAUUUUCUAUAAGAUACAUUAUAACGAUCGUACAUUAAAUGAAACGAUGUCGAAACAACGAGAAAAACUUUUUGUUCGGUGAUUUUGAUCUUUGUGUUUAAAUAAUCGGGAAUGUUAGACAAGAAAAUAGAAAACAAUUAUUUCGUUGGUUGAUCUAAUUUAUUUCCGAAGUGUCGCGAAUAGUGAAAAUUAAUCGCAAUGACGUUUAAUGUGACAAAUGGUACGGUCAAGUUUCCCGAUUAUGAUUGGAAUGAGUCCUUCAACAAAUUCAGAUGGAAGGAACUGGCUCCUGUUCUCGUUGUCUAUUCGUCAACCUUUUUCCUUGGAUUAAUAGGAAAUGUGGUCAUUAUUGCCUCAACCCUUUGUCCAAGACUAAGACCAUUACCUGCAACCCCUACAAAUGUUUUUCUCGGUGGUUUGGCUACGGCUGAUCUAUUAUUGAUCAUCUUCUGUAUACCUGUGAAGAUCGCAAAGCUCUUCUCAUAUACAUGGACAAUGGGUCUCUUCCUAUGUAAAUCUGUCCAUUACAUGCAAAGUGUUUCGGCCAUUUGCUCCGUCGUCACACUCACAGCCAUGUCGAUUGAAAGGUAUUAUGCCAUCGUUCAUCCAAUGAGAGCGCAAUACACUUGUACGAUAAGCCAGGCAAGGAGAAUUGUAAUAAUCACGUGGGCUGCCUCAUUUCUUUUAGGUAUACCAAUGGUAUUUACACAGAGGCACAAAGAAGUUGGACAAAGGGUUGUAGCUUAUUGGUGUGUUCGCGAUUCUGAUGCAGCAUUUUUAUGGAGAGCACACGAGGUUUAUAUGCUCGUACUUGUUCUUCUAUUACCGCUUACUGUAAUGGCCUUUUGUUAUACUGCAAUUUGCUGGGAAAUUUGGAGAGUUAUGAAACGUCGUUAUCAUAUGACGUCGAGACACGCACUCAAUCCAAACAACGUAGAUGCAGAAUCUAUACCAAUGACACAGAGACAAAUUAGUAUGCGAAAUGGACGUCGGUCACGUCGAGAGAAUGGACAAACGGAAGAAGAAUCUCGAACUAUGAAACAGGUGGUAAAGAUGUUGGUAGCUGUUGUGGUUCUCUUCGCUAUUUGUUGGGGUCCUAUAUUAAUCGACAACGUGCUCACAGCUUACCACAUCCUACCACGUCAGAGAAAGGGAAUUUAUAAGCACAUGAACACGGCUUUCCAUUUAAUGGCUUAUUUCAACAGUUGCAUCAAUCCAAUCAUCUAUGGGUUCAUGUCGAAACAUUUCCGUGAAAGUUUCUUAUCGGCUGCCUGCGGAGGCUGGUGGAUUUGUUGUCCAAGAAGAGGUUACAGAACUCCGAUGAAAAGACACUCGAGUUUGAGUCAAACCAGAACUACCAGCGUAAGGUGGAUACGGAAUUCCUUCAAAGACUCCAAGUCACGAAACUCGACCGACAUGCAGCUUGUAGUCUGCCCAUGAAAAUGUUUGCAGCUUGGAAAAAUAUUUCUUCGGCAAAUGGUGUUAACUAGGAAGAUCUGAAAAUGCCUCGUCUUCGAUAUUGCGUUUCUAUGGACUUGAUUCUUCCUUCGUCCUCGAAACACGACGAGGGAAACUUUUCGUAUGUAGAUAGGCAAAUUUUUGGACGGGAAAACGAUGUGCGAAACGAAGUAAUUAAAAAAGUUUCUAGCUAAAUAAAGAGUGUGAGAGAUAGAGAGAGAGAGAGAGAGAGAGAGAGAGAGGGAGAAAGAAAGAGAAAAAAAGAAAGAGAGAGAAAGAAAGAGAGAGAGAGAGAGAGAGAGAGAGAGAACCUUCAAGCUCGAGAGUUUUAAGCGGACUCUAGUAGUCGAAACGAGCAAAUUUCUGCAUAUCACACUUGUUGAGAUAUCACUUUCCUUCUUUCUUUCUUUCUUUCUUUCUUUUCUUUUCUUUUUUUCUUAUCUUCCUUUUCGUUUUCUUAUUUUUUUUUUCUUUUCAUUUUUUUCUUUUUUAUUUCUUUUUUUUUUUUUUCUUUUACUGACACGAACACAUCUAUAUACAUAUAUAUACACUUAUAUACGUAAUAAUUGCGAUCAUAGAUCUUUGUCUAUGAUUCAUAUCAUUCUUAAGGUGCUUCUUUGUAAGACGUAAUAAUAAUAAUUUUUAGAUAGGAUAUAUAAUAAGAGAAAAUCUCUAAUGGAUUUUCGACAUUAACGAGGGGAAAAUUGAAUCGCUGAUUAAAAAGAAAAAAAAAAAAAAAAAAAAAAAACUAUAAAUAAA